AUGAGUGACACAGCCCCCCACAAGCCCCAGCAGGACCAGUCCUCGGGAAGUGGUCACACCGCCGUGUCCCGGCACCCGGGCAUCUCCGACCCCAUCGCCUCCAAGCGUGUCUGCUUCUACAAGAGCGGAGACCCCCAGUUCAGCGGGCUUCAACUGGUCAUCAACAGCCGCACCUUCAAGACCUUCGACGCCCUGCUGGACAGCCUGUCAAAGAAAGUCCCGCUGCCUUUCGGGGUGAGGAACAUCACCACCCCGAGAGGGGUUCACGCGGUGAAGACCCUGGAGGAGCUGCAGGAUGGACAGUCCUACAUCUGCUCUGACCAGAAGAAGGUCAAACCCAUAAACCUGGAGAUGGCCCGGAAGAAGCUUCCGCCGUGGUACAGUGCCCGGCCAGCCAGCGGACGCCGGAGGGCCAUUCAGCUGGCACGGCAGAGCUUUGGCCGGCCUGCCAGGAGGGGCAACUCACUGGGGGUGUGGACACCCAAGAGGCUGGUGGUCUUCAAGAACGGAGACCCCGGCGUCAAACACAGCAUCCUGCUGCAGAAGAAAACUAUGCAGACCUUCGAGUCUCUGUUGGAUUACAUGUGCGAGAUCAUGCAUUUCCCAGUCGUGAAACUGUACACACCAGAUGGGAGAAGGGUGGAUGGUCUUCCAGCGCUGAUUCUAUGUUCAGGGGCAGUUGUCGCUGCAGGUCGGGAGCCCUUCAAGUCACGCAACUAUGAUCUUCUGAAACCCUCCCUUCCUGCAAUAUCCAGUCGCAUGAUACCGCGCAAAAAGAAAUCGCGGUCCAGUAGUGCAAAAUCCAGGAAUUUCUCUCUGUCGUCUGAGAAGUACUUUGUGAAUCAGAUCCAGAACUCAAUGACAGGAAGCGUGUAUGAUCUCCCCAGCAACCACACUGGCUCAGUGGAGAUGGACCCAAACACCGCUCUUGGAUCCGUAGAGGCAGAGACUUGCACCUGCAUAGGGGACUUGGGGGAGGAACACCACCUUGUGCCUCCGGAUGAUGAUAUAGAAAAGUCCUUCCGGGUCAACCAAGAUGGCAGCAUGACGGUGGAGAUGAAGGUACGGCUGACGAUAAAGGAGGAAGAGACAGUACACUGGAGCACCACGUUAACAAGGUCCAGUGUAGCCAAUCAGCUCAGUGAAGUUCACCUCGCACAGCCAGAGCUGGACAGCCGCUCACCAGAUUCAAGCACUGUCCUAUCUAAAGGCACCGAUGGGCUAGAUGCUAUUGGAUAUGAAUCCAAGGAGGAGAACAGCAUCCUUCCAAAUGAAAACGGGCCUAUCUGUGAAGAGGAAGAGGAUGAAGUGUAUGGAGCAGGAUCUGAGGCCUGGCAGCGCACUUCUAGGAGGGCACCAACCCCUGGGCCAAGAAGCUUUAGAUCAAAACAGGCCUCAGUAGAAAGCAUCACGAUGGAGACUGAGACGGGAAUCCAGGAAAAUGUAGUUGGGACAUAUUCCUACACAGAAGAGUCUGUUGAAGGUAAUGUUACGGAGGAGUGCUGCAUAGUAAGACAGUGCAACAGUAGGCCAAUUCCAAAACCCAGGAAUUUGGGGUCCAUGGAAAUCAAUAACAACAAACUGCAAUCCUCAUUUAAUUCAUCUGAAAUCCUAGAUAUACAAGAACAUGGAGAGCACAUUACAGAAACUGUGCUGCACAUAUAUGAGCAACAGAGUUGUCACGACAAUUUCUUUGCCAAUACACAGUUCCGUGUUCGGAGCCAGUGUGAAUCAGUGCACGGGCGACCAGCUUCUACUGACACAGGCCUUUAUUCUGCUAGCAAUGACUUUGAACUGGACCCAAAGAGACCAUUCACGGCUUCAGAAUCUCUCAGUGGGAGAAGGACUGAGACAUUGUCCUUAGCGUCAGAGCCCAGGGUUGCAGCUUGCAGGAACACAAAUGACCUCACCACUGACUAUGAUAUUCAAACUGUUGUUAAUUCAGAAAGAGAAUGCUCAGGGUCUGUUUCCCCAAAGGCCAAAGACAACCCAAAGAGUCAAACCUUUGAUAAAGUAAAGAAGAAUCCAAAAGAAAAACAAACCUUUCUCUCAAGCUUGAGCCCAUAUAAAAAGAAGAAAAAGGAGCGUAAUAGGGACUCGCCUAACAAAAGCAAAAAAGUGAAAAUGGACAUUUCAAGCCCUACGGACUCUGAGAAACAAGCUGAAAAGAGUAGCCAACGAAAGGCAGGUAAAAGAAAAAAUAAAAGCAAAGGGAAAGGGGAUGGAAGUGGUUCAAUUAAAAGCUCAAAACUGGCUGAAAACACAGUUUCACUGAACACUGAACAUUCAAAUAGCUUAUCAUCUGAGAAGGAACUGAGUCAAAUUGAAGAGAAAUCUCUCAGAGAUCAGCCAGUCGAUAAGCCAUUGAAUCCAAAAGACUUGCCCCUGAUGAAAAACAUGCUUGAUCUCUUGCCUCCUAUUGAGUCAACCCACAUCAGAAAGGCUCUGACAAAGCAGAAAUCAAUGAAUGAAGACAGGAGUGAUGCGAGGGAAUUGCAGGCUUCAAGCGAAAGUGUUUCAUUGCCAGCAUCCCAUUCAUCUCCAUCGGUUGUCAAUGAAUAUGUAGAACACUGGCUGAAAAAAUCUCACCCACAGUCAACUCCAUACAUGGAAGACAUAAACUCUACUAAAGCUGACAUGGAAGCAAGAGUAGUCUUCCAGAUAAGAAAAGACCAGCAGAGCAUCCCAAUGGAACCCAAAACAAUGUGUGAGAUGAGCAGGCCGAAUGCGAAUGAGUAUCAAAAUUGUGACAAUAACGUCACAGAGAAAUUGAUAUCCAGUGAUCCCACCACAGCGAAAGUUGAAAUGGCAUCAGAUGAAAAGCAAAGACCAUGCAUUCCCAUCCAUGUAGACAUGAAACCAACACUGGAAACUGAAACUCAUACAAACACAGUCAGGAGUCAAUCCACAACUGAUAAAUUAUUUACACAUAGAUCAACGGAUCACCUGGACACGGGACACAUGCUACACAAGCUCAGUUCAUCAAUUCAAGCAAUCAAACAGAUUUCACAACAUAAGCGACACUCCUGUUUGGAGAAGUCCCGUAGCUUACCAGACUUUUCAUCACAUGUAGCUUCUACAUUUGGGUCAUCCUACCAGGUUCUCCUUGCAUUUUUAUCUGUUAUGACUUUAAAGCAAGGAAUCUCAAACCUAGAAUGCAAUGAACCAUUAGCAAACAACGUGUCAUGUGCUGAGGCUUUGAAAAUGAUGGAAUCUUUGAAGAAAAUAGCUAGCAUUGAAGAUGCAGAAGAGCUGAAAGCCAGUCUUUUAGAUUUGCAAAAGUCUACAUCGUCGCAAUUAUUGCGGAGCUGGAAGAGUUUUCAGGAACUAAGUGACAAGGCUCAAAAUCACAUGUUAUCAUCCAAUUUUGAACAUGAGUUAUCAUUUGUAACAUGCCCAGAACAAAGCAAUAAAACAGAGGAACAACCCUUUGGUAUUCAAUUAGUAGAGGGACAUAGCCCGACUACAAAUCUCCAAGAACAAUUGUCUUCCCUUGUCAAUAGAAGGACAAGUGACAGUGAACUAAACAUGAGAGAAGACCCGAUGGAGAAUUCUGAAGUACAUGGCACUGAAGAAUCUCACCCUGGGAAUAAAAUAAAUGAUCUUGAAGAAUCAAAUAUAGAAGACAAGGCAAGCAACUUCAUAGAAUCAAACUUUGAGGAGGAAGUGGGAGAGUAUGUUAAAUCAAUAAUUCAAAAUGCAACAAGUGUACACAUUUUGGAUACUGAAAGCCCUGUUAGAGAGAAUAGUAAAAAAGAUGAAUUUGCAGAUUUACAACAAGCAGUGAUGAACGAAGAGCCAGAAGUCUGCACAGAACAAGCAAUUCACCAAGAGGACCAAGAGGAAGAGCAGGACUGCCAUGAAGAAAAGCAGGUUAUGUAUGAAGAAGGGACAGACAGAGAUGCAGAACAGCCACGUGGCUUUGUUGAACAGCAAGACCGUUUCAUCGAACACCAAGCUAGCUAUGGAAGGGAGGAGCUUAUCUAUGAAGAUAGGCAGCAGUCUUGUGAGGUACACCAGGAAAGCUAUGCAGAAGAAGGGUUUUGCUUUGCAGAACAAAGUAGUUGCAUAGAAGAGCAAGCUAACAACCCGGAACUGCAAGAGAGUAAUGAAGAAGUGAGGGCCUGCUAUGUGAAAGAGAAAGUAAGCUAUGAAGCAGAAGAGACUAGCUAUGUAGAAUGGACUAGGUUUUUAGAAGAGCAGAAACAUUACAUAGGAAAUAAGAAUAGCCCUGAAGAGCAGCUGGCUAGCAAUGCAGAAGACCAGAGAAGCUGUUCAGAUGAAGCAUCUGCCUAUGAAGAAGAGCAGGGUUGUUGUGAUGAAAUCCAGGGGAGAGGAAUAGAAGAACAGAAAAAACUGUCUAACCAUGAAGAAGAACAGAAUAGGCAUGUGAAUAAACACACUAGUUAUGAAGAAAAUGAAUAUCCAAAUGAGGAGGAGAAAGCAGCUUAUGGAGAGAAACAAGAUAGUUUUACAGAAAAAUGCACAACCUAUAAAGAAAAAAAGGACAGCAAAGAGCAGGCUAUGCAUGAUGAUGAGCAGGUCAGCCAUGUGGAAGAACAUUUCUGCUAUGUGGAAGAAGACCAAUCUAGUUGUGAAAAAGAGAAAGUCAGGAAAAGCCCCUCAUAUGUGCAUACAGCUCACAGCACAGAAGGUUCCAAUCAGCUCAACCCUGUCACAGAAGAAGCCAAGUCAGAGGAAGAGUGUAUGUGGAAAAAUGUCUCCCAAUCUGUGAAACUUCUUGAGGAGUUAAGCAACUCUCUGCACUCAGCACCUCUAGCCUCCUCUUUAGCUUUUAGUUAUGACUCUAAAGGCAGCUUAAAAAGAGAGUCUGAAGGAGCAAGGGUCAAGUCAAUCAGGGACAUGUUUUUAGCCAGAAGUAAUGUAGACUCGCAGUAUGGCCACAAACGGCUACCUAGCCCAAAUACCUCAGACCUGUCUGACUAUAGAUCGGAAACGUCUGACAGCGGCGGGUACAGAUCCCAGCCGUCAUUGGACACUUCUACAGAAAGUGGAGAGGAUGACAGUGGACGACGGUCUAUUGUCAAAGGCUAUGUGAGAAGAACCAUUGAGAGGCUGUAUGGGAGGAAUGACACUGCGAGCAAGAGACCUCCCUCUGCCUCAAAAACAAAGAGUAAAAACAGCCCAGGAAGUAAUAGUGUUGGUAGCCUCACUGCUUUCCAUGAAGCGAAGACCAAAGUGAUCACAGAUCUGUCCUACUUUAAUGCCACAAGCUCUUACAACACGUGUAAUGAGCCGAUGCAAUGUGUUGCCUUCAAUGCUAAUGAGGACACAGAGGAAGGAGUUUUGAUUGACAAAGGCAGAUGGCUCCUCAAAGACGACCAUCUGAUCAGAAAAUCCCCGCCAGAAGACUCGGCAGUCCAGGGGAAUGGGGAUACGAUGUCAGUGGAUACCGGGCCAGACUACGUGAGUGAUGCCACUCCUUACUCACACUUUGGGAGUGAUGACCCUCCUCUCGCGGUCAUAUCGUCCCCAGAGUUGGAGGACCCAGGGAAAACAGCAGCGCCUAAGUGCACCUACUUCAGCCUGCCCCACGGCAGCGACUCAGACCUUUUUCAGGACGACCUGACCGUUAAAACUGAAAACAGUGCUCGAGCAGCAAAGAAAGACUUUCAGCUUUCCCCAGAGACCGAGGAGCCCAGUGUGUGCGCAGAAAAAAAUGGCAGCCUCCCGUCCUUUGCGUCUGUGGAGUUCAGGAAAAUGGACAACAAAGUACAUCCUCAAUCGGGGGGACCUGUGGUGGUUACUCAGCCUACAAGAGGACAGAGCAUCACUAACAGCAGAGCAGUCCAUGAGCAGGACCCUCUGGAGAUGCUGUACAUAACGUGUGGUCAGCACUGUCCCAUACUGUGACCUUUAAAUUCACCAUUUCCAGUAGAUCUUCUAACAGAACUACUGGCCCUUUUUCUGGUACUGUAGGUAUCAAUGCUUCCCUGGAUGUGACACGUCUGUAGCAUGUAUGACAUGCCUGUGUCGACAGUGAAUGUACUUCUAACAAACAAAUUGAGAAGUACUUUGGGAAGACUUUCCACAAAUAUAUGGUGCCUGUUAAAUUUAUUGCUGGCUUCACCCUAUUAAUUAAUGUUUAUUCACUCAUUAGGUGCUUCCUUUAAUUUGAAACCUGUAAGACAGCCAUUCUAUCUCUGUAGUUAAUAAAACUUUAUACACGCCUUUCCUAGAAUAUCUAUUUAGAGCAGAACAAAUCGUUUCAAAUUGGAUUAGUAGAAAAAGAAAA